GUAAAAUAACAACGAAGUGGAGCGGGGCACGGAGCGGCGUGUGCAAAGGAGGUCUGCGAGGGCCGGUGGCGAAGCCCAGCGCGGUGCGUUCCACCUCAUAUGGAGGAGGUGCAGUGGCAGUAGCACCCCCUCCUUCCUCCUCCACCGGCUUGCCUCUACUCCGGCCGGCAGCGCCGCCUACUCCCUAUUCCUCCCUCGCGGGCGGCGGGCUCGGCUCUAGCGCGCGGCCGCCAGCAGCGAGGCGUGGCUCCCCUACUCCCUCCUCCUCCCUCGCAGCCGGCGGGCUCGGCUCCGGCACGUGGCUGCCGGCGGUGCGGCGCAGCUCACCUUCUUCCUCCUCCUCCCUCGCGGGCUGGGGGCGAGUAGGGAGCGGCAUCACCCAACUCUGCCCCUUCGACUGCAAGUGCUCUUUCUGAGCUGUAGAGUUGAAAAAAGUGUUGUUGGUCCCUGCCAUGGACAACUACCCAAGCUCGUUGCGAAGGUUCUUUAUGAUGGAGGAGGAAGACGAUGACAUGCAUUUCUUGCUUGAUGAUGAUGAAGCGGAGGUGGCGACAUACAAUCUCCUGGUGGAAACUGAGAGCUCUCGCCUGCAUUGUCGAAGUGAUGGUCCACCAAAGGUUAUUCGGCCGAGGGACCUUCCUUUUGGUCAUAACAAGAUCAAAUCUGACUACUUCGUUCCAAAUCCGGUAUACAAUGACAAGCAAUUCCAUCAAAGGUUUCGGAUGCGUCGUCCUUUAUUCAAGCGCAUUAAAGAGGCUGUUAAAAAUCAUGAUGACUACUUCAAAAACAAAUAUGAUGCCACUGGCAAGGAAGGACUAUCUGCUCUCCAAAAGUGCAUCUCGUCGAUGUGCAUUCUUGCUUACGGAGUCCCAGCGGAUGCUAUUGACAAGUAUGUGUGUAUUGGUGAUUCAACUGCCAGACAAACUUUGCAUAAUUUCUGUCGGGUUGUCAUUGAAGUUUUUGGCGAGCAGUACCUACGGGCACCCAACGAAGCUGUGUAGCUAGGCUUCUUCAAGAGGGGGAGAAUCGUGGGUUCCUGGGGAUUCUAGGCAGCAUAGACUGCAUGCGUUGGAAGUGGAGGAAUUGCCCCACAAUGUGGAAGGGCCAGUUCACGGUCAGAGGGAAGCAUCCAACUAUGAUUUUAGAGGUUGUUGCAUCGCAUGAUCUAUGGAUAUGGCAUGCUUACUUUGGCAUGCCGGGGAGUAACAACGACAUUAAUGUUCUUCACAGAUCCCCUGUUCUCCAGUUACCUAACGGGAUGUUCAACCCCUGUGUCAUUUGCAGUGAAUGGAAGGACAUAUAACAUGGGCUAUUACCUUGCGGAUGGGAUUUAACCCGAGUGGGCAGCAUUUGUUUAGACUAUUCGUCACCCCAUGGAACAGAAGACAUGGCAUUUUGCAACUCAACAAGAUAGUGCAAGCAAGGAUAUAGAGCGUGCAUUUGGUGUGCUACAAACUCGGUUUGCGGUGAUCAGAGGACCCGGAUAUGGUUGGGACCGUAGCCAGAUUAAUGAUAUAGUGAUGACUUGUGUUAUUUUGCAUAACAUGGUAGUGGAAGAUGAAGGAGCCCAUGCUUGUAAUGUUGAUUUCUUGAACAUAGUACAAUUAGCUGUUCCGUACCGCAACAACCCAGACAGGGAGGCAUUUGUUGCUGCACACCAUAGGCUUCACGACCGAAACACGCACUAUCAACUACAAUAUGAUCUCAUCAAGCACCAGUGCAUGAGACUGGGAUAUGCUCAACAGUAGAUGCAAAAUUAGGUGGUCAUCUAAUAUUCUCUGGUAUUUUAACAAUUAUUAGGACUUCUAAUAUUCUGUGGUAUUGUAACAACUAUUAGAACUUCUAAUAUUAUGUGGUAUUGUAACAACUAUUAGGACUUCUAAUAUUAUGUGGUAUUGUAACAAUUAUUAGGAUUUCUACUAUUCUUUGGUAUUGUAACAAAUUUGGAUGAUAUCUUUGUGCUGAAUUGCCAUUUCUGGGGCUUAA